CUUGGGUGCUUACUCAUUCACCCACAGGGUCUGUCUACCUCGACCAUGCGGGGACGACGAUCUACGCCAAAUCCCUGAUGGAGCGGUUCGCCAGGGACAUGGCGUCCAACUUGUUUGGGAAUCCGCAUUCGGCCUCGGCCUCUUCCCAGCGAUCCACAGCACGGAUAGAAGACAUCCGGUUGCGCGUGCUGCGCUUCUUCAAUGCGGACCCGGCCGAGUUUGAUCUCGUCUUCGUGGCGAACGCUACGGCUGGCAUCAAGCUGGUCGCUGAUGCCCUGAGGGCGUCUCCCGACGGGUUCGACUACGGAUACCAUCAAGCAAGCCACACGAGUCUCGUUGGUGUCAGGGAGGAGGCUCGAAAUAGCCUUUGCCUCGACAAUCCGCAGGUUGAGGCGUGGCUCGCGGGGCGUUGUCCAUUCCAGGAUAACAGCGAGGGCCGCCCUGUUCUUUUUGCAUAUCCUGCGCAAUCCAAUAUGGACGGGCGACGAUAUCCCUUGAGCUGGGCAGAGAGGCUCCGUUGUGGGUCGAGGAGGACGUACACGCUGUUGGACGCAGCGGCGCUGGUCUGCUCAUCCCCACUCGACCUCAGCCGCGCGGACGCAGCCCCGGACUUCACCGUGCUCAGCUUUUACAAGAUCUUUGGCUUCCCGGACUUGGGCGCCUUGCUUGUCAGGCGGGAAGCAGAAGACGUGUUCGAGUCGAGGAGGUAUUUUGGUGGAGGAACCGUUGAUAUGGUGGUCUGCUUGAAGGAGCAGUGGCACGCUCCCAAGCGCCAGUUUCUCCACGAGCGUCUCGAGGAUGGAACGCUUCCUAUCCACAACAUCAUAGCCCUCGACGCGGCCUUGGAUGUGCACAAGCAACUCUUUGGCUCGAUGCGUGACAUUGCGGCCCAUACCUCCUUUCUGCUCAGAAGGCUCUAUCGAGGGCUUCAGUCAUUGAGACACGGAAACGGCGAACCGGUCUGUGCUCUCUACUCUGCGCACGCCGAUGGGACUGAAAUGAGCGCCGCAAGUGGCCCCGUAAUCGCCUUCAACAUCCGCAACAGCCUUGGCGCUUGGGUUAGCUUGACCGAGGUUGAGAAGCUCGCUGUGUUAAAAGGGUUCCACAUCCGCACCGGCGGCGUUUGCAAUCCUGGCGGCAUCGCCUCGGCCCUGGGCCUUGAGCCGUGGGAAAUGAAGCAGAACUUUAGCUCUGGAUUUCGAUGCGGGACCGAGAACGACAUCAUGGCUGGGAAGCCCACUGGUGUGAUCCGGGUUAGUCUUGGCGCCAUGAGCACGAUCUCGGACGUGGACAGUUUUGUGAACUUCGUCGCCGAGUUCUAUCGGGAUGUCUCGCCAGCAUCGAGGAUGUCAAAACCGAUGCCACAGCCUCAAAGUACACCGCGUCUUUAUGUUCACAGCAUAUCCAUCUACCCAAUCAAGAGCUGCGGCAGCUUUCAAAUUCCUCCUGAUGUGGACUGGGAGGUCAGGCCCGAGGGGCUCGCGUGGGACAGGGAAUGGUGCUUGGUACACCAAGGUACCGGCCAGGCAUUGAACCAGAAACGGCAUCCCAAGAUGGCUCUCAUCCGGCCGCGGCUUGACUUUGAGCGCGGGGAAUUGCGGGUCAGAUUCGCAGGCGAGGUUCCCGCUCAUCUCCCUCAAGAAGUCAGCAUACCGCUCUCCAAGAAUCCUUCGCUCUUCCACUCCCCAGUUGCCCGCUCGAGAACGUCCCGGGUGUGUGGCGAGGAAGUGGAGGUGCGGACCUACUCAUUAUCGGAGAUCAAUGGCUUCUUCUCCGACGUGCUCGGUGUGCCCUGCCUGCUCGCCCGUUUCCCACCCGGCGGCCAGGGCAAAAGCAUGAGACACUCCAAAGCUCACCUCCAGAAACAUCAAGUGUCGCUUCCCCAUCCAUCCCGGGGAAGCCUUCUUCCAGGCUCCUUCCCACCCUCCCCGCCAGACUCGGACACGGAACGAGUCGUCUCGCGACGCAUCCUUCUCUCCAACGAGAGUCCCAUCCUCGCCAUUACGCUGCCCAGCGUCGACGCGCUCAACCAAGAUAUCCAAGCCGCUCAAGCCGACUCCGCCAGAAAAGUCUCACCCGCCGUCUUCCGCGCCAACAUCGUCAUUGGGCCGGAUCCAGGUCACCCCGAGGGUCUGCCUCCGUACGCCGAAGACUCGUGGUCGGGCGUCCGAAUCGGCCGGCAGCAGCACGGGUUCGAGAUGCUCGGCGCGUGCAGGCGGUGCCACAUGGUCUGCAUCGACCAGGAGACGGCGGAGAAGAGCGAGGAGCCGUUCGUGACGCUGUCCAAGACGCGGAGGUUUGAUGGCAAGGUGUUCUUUGGGGUGCACAUGUGCUACCAUAAUAGCGUGGCUGAUCAAGGCGGCGGGCCGGGAUUGACGGCGGAGGCGCAGUUCCCGACGGUGCGGGUGGGCGAUGUGGUCGUGCCGGAGUGGCGUCGCGAGGAGUAAAUUGUCCGGCAAAAAGCAGGCGUCAAAGUUCCCGCCUGAGUCAGGCUGCUACUUGUGGAUCGGGUUAACUUGGCUGUGGCUCAUUCAGACAAGAGACGUGGCAAAAGCGUGCAGAUGAACGAGGGGGAAGUGGUGGUUUUGGGCAUAAAUAACGAACAGUGGCUAUGCAAUUAAUUGACCAGGCCCUUAUUCCGUGCCAGCGGUCAUCUCACGGAAUUCCAGCGAGAUCAGCAGGCUGAG